AUGCCAAACCCCAGUAAAAGAACAGGAGUAUAUUGGCCUGGAAAAGGAGCUUGCAUUAAUGAGCAUGUACAAAAAAACUCCAAGAGCAUCAUCGAAAAACGUGAUAUAGGCUAUGUAGUUCGGCUUUCAUUUGAACAGCCACAUGACCAUCUACCAGAAAAGAGAGCUCUGGAAUUACGUCGUCUGAGAAGCGUGCUACGUAAAUAUGAAGAAGAUCCCAAAAUUCUCAGGCAGUACCACGAAGUAUUUCAAGAUCAGUUGAGCAAAGGAAUCUUGGACGAACUAGAUGAAAUGGAGGAUACCAUUGGGAAACCGAAACACUAUCUCCCUCAUCGGCCAGUUAUCACUCCACAGAAAGAUACUACCAAGUUCAGGGUUGUUUUUGAUGGGUCGGCGCACUGCAAGAGCUGGUGCAUCAAGGGCCUACCAUACUUCCUAAACUACAUGGCAUGCUUCUACACUUCCGCACUAGAAAGUUUGUCCUAUUAUACGACCUUGAAAGAACCUUUUUCAAGCACAUCUUCAUGA